UUUCAAAUUAUGGAGACGAAGAAACCCCAACCUAGGUCUUGUAUUCAGUUACUUACUAAAAGUAGAGAAACCUUGGUUAAUUCUAUAAAAAACAUCAAGUGCGUGCUUGAAAAUUUGAAAAAUCAUGGAUACUUUUCAGAAGAAGAUGCUGACUUUGUCCUGCAGUGUGGAACGCAGGCAGAUAAGGUCCGUCAGCUUCUUGAUCUGGUGGAGAAAAAAGGGGAGGAAGCGGCCGAGUUUUUCAUAAACAUCCUUCAGAAGGUUCCAGAGGCUUACUUUGAUCUUAUCUCUUGGUUAAAAGAGAUUGAUUUUCAAGCUUCAGAGCAAGUGGAGUGUUUACAUAUUAGGAACAAUGACCCUGUAUCACUGUUCAGCAGAAAACUCAAACAGGAAUUGUGCAGUGACUCAAAGUUCAUAAAGUCCUACACUCAGAAAGAGGAGAUGAUGCUUCAGGAAACAUAUGUUGACGGAGUCAUGGAACUAAUAAGUGCAAAGAAUGAAACUAUGGGCCAUGCACAAGGCUUAAAUUCAUUGUUCGAUGACACUGGGGUGAUCAAUGAACUUGGUGAAACUGUUUUCAUCUUUGGUGAUGCUGGUAUGGGAAAGACUCUUUUGAUACAGAAAAUGCAAAACAUGUGGGCCAAAGGACAAUCUUUUGGCAAUAUUAAAUUCUUUUUUAGGUUUCGAUGUCGAACAUUUAUCUUUUUUAAAUCCAGCACUGAGUUGUGUUUAAAGGACUUGAUCUUCAAAUAUUGUUGCAGGCCAGACUAUGAUCCAGAUGAAGUGUAUCGGUAUAUUUGUAAGUUUCCAGAGACUGUAUUGUUCACCUUUGAUGGCUUCGAUGAGAUACAUUCAAGUUUUGACAUAAACAGUGUCCCUGAAGUUUCAUCACCCAUUGAUGCUACCCAACCUGCUGCAUUACUCUUGCACUUGCUUAGUGGCAAGUUGUUAAAAGGAUCAAAGAAAGUCCUCACAGCGCGCACGGGAUGUCAAAUAUCUGCAAACUUUGUCCGUAAAAAAGUAAUGUUGCGUGGCUUUUCGGCAGAUAACCUUGUUGAGUACACUGGCUUAUUUUUUAAGGAACCCAAUGUUCAGCAGUGUGUGUUAAACCAUUUGCAGGCCAACCACAAUUUCAGCAGUUUAUGUUCAAUCCCUUUAUUUUGCUGGAUAAUAUUCAAGUCUUAUCAGCACUUUCAUUCCAUGAAUGAGGAUCAUGAGUUUGCAAGCAGUUCCGUGACACUUACGGACAUCUUUUUACUCAUUAUUGAAGUUUACUUGAAUGUAUCCACUAAAGGAAAAACAGCAAGCCAACUGGAAACUUUUAAAGGUGGGAAGGACACUUUGUUGUCUAUUGGGCGGCUUGCCUACCAUGGAAUGGAGAAUUCAUUAUUUGUUUUUGACCAAGAUUAUAUUGCAUCACAACGCAUUCUUCACCAUGAUCUUCAGCUGGGCUUCCUUAGACCUGUGGCACACUAUAGUGAAUGUGAUGACAAUGCUUCAUUUGAAUUCUUUCAUAUGACACUACAGUCCUUUUUUACAGCAUUAUUUCUUGUUAUUGAUGACCAAAGCAGUACUGCAGAUCUUCUAAAAUAUUUCCAUCACUGUAAACACUUGGAGAUUGAGGACAAUCGUCCUUCCCUGCUGGCCUGUGUUUGUGGAAGUGAAAAAAAUCAUUCUGAUCCAUUUACAAAUAAAGACCACUUCCAGUUUGUUAAUCUUUUUCUGUGUGGGCUACUUUCAAAACCAAAACAAAGCCUUCUAAAGAACUUAAUUCCAGCAUCAGCAUUACAAGUGAAGAGAAAAGCACUUAAGCAACACCUUUUCAAAAGUGUAAAAUCUCACCUGAAAAACCUGCCCAGAGCACCCUAUUUGGAGUACAGUCAGGUUCACGCACUUCCUCACUUUAUCUGGAUGGUGCGAUGUAUAAGUGAGACACAGAAUGAGAAGGUGGGGAAGCUGGCAGCCAAGGGAAUAUGUGCAGAUUACAUUAAACUCAGUUUUUGUGAUGCGUCUUCAUCAGAUUGUGGAGCAAUCUCCUUUGUGUUAAACCAUUACAAGAAACAGAUUGCUUUGGAGAUGGAUAAUAACAAUAUAAAUGAUUAUGGAGUCAAGGAGCUUAUACCAUGCUUCAAUAAACUUAUUCUUGUUCGGCUUAGCGUCAAUCAGAUUGGUGAUGAGGGUGUAAAAGUAUUAGCUGAAGAACUAACCAAGCAUAAGAUCAUUCGAUUUCUUGGUUUGUACAAAAAUCUCAUCACUGAUUUUGGAGCUCGGCAUGUAGCACGAAUCAUAGAGGAAUGUCCCAGUCUUAGAUAUGUCAAGCUGGGGUGCAAUCAGUUAACUGCUGUUGGAGGUGCAUGUAUUGGACAGGCCUUACAAAAGAACCCCAAUAUUUAUGACAUUGGGAUGUGGGGUAAUCGUAUUGGAGAUGAAGGGGCAGUGGCCUUUGCAGAGGCUCUGAGGAAUCAUCCAAGUUUGAGCGAUCUAAGUUUGACCUUCAAUGAAAUUUCUGUUGCUGGAGGCAUAAGCAUUGCUAAUGCUUUAAAGGAAAAUAACUCCCUUAAAGUAUUCUGGAUUAUGCAGAACAAAUUCACGGAUGAGGUAGCUGAACAUUUUGCUCAAAUGCUACGAGUGAACAAGACACUUCGACAUCUUUGGCUACAGAAUAACAACAUCACAAAUCAUGGAGCCAAUUUGUUAGCCGAAGCUCUAGAAGAUAACACUGUUCUGGAAGAGAUUUGUUUACAAGGCAACCCAUUGACCCUUGGUGAAAAUGAACCUUUUGAAAGAAACUUGAGAAUACGCAUUAUAUGA